AUGAGUGAAGAAGGAGAUACAACGUUUCAAAUAUAUUAUCGUGGGAAGUUCGAGACUAAUGAAGGUGGAAUGAUCACAUAUGUUGGUGGGGAACGUCAUGUGCUUCAAACCCAGGCUCAAGCUUUGUUUACAGGGUUGACUAAUGAUUUCCCUAUAUCUUUGUAUGGUCAAAGAAUCUGGUUCAAACUACCAUACGAGACUAUGAAGGAUCUGAAAAUUUUGAGUAAUGGUAGUGACACAUUUCGAUUGAUGUGUGAAGCUUCAUAUUGGACAAAGUAUAUAGAAGUUUUUAUGGAGCAUGAAAACGUCCAUGAAGAAGUAGUGAAUGAAGAGGUUGAAGAGGGAGGCCAAAGUAAUGGCGAGACAGAAGAGGUGCAAUAUGAAGAUGGAGAGAAUGAAUUUGAAGAAGAAUCUCGGGUUGAAGCUGUUAUAGCUCAGGUUUCUGAUGAUGAAGAUAAUGAAAAUUACAGAGACACUCCUCCUUGUUCUGACGAUGAGGAACAACAACAUCGAAGGCCUUAUGACGGAUGGAGGAGAGGCAGUGGAGAGCUACACAUAAGGCAAGUUUUUGAUAGUAUACCAGACUUCAAAGAUGCUGUGUUUGAGUAUGCAUUAAAGGGUGGGUGGAAUAUCCAAUUCACUAGAUGGGGAGGUGUAAAAUCAGAGGCAAGAUGUGGAGUAGAAGUCGAUGAAGGAGAAAUUCCAUGCUCUUGGAGGAUAUAUUUGUCGUAUGAAGAAUCUGUUUCACAAUGGAUGGUGAAGACAUUCCAAGAUGUCCAUAGUUGUUUCAAAGAUGGUCACUGCAAGAUAUUGUCGGAGUCACGCAUUGCGAAGAUGUUUUUAAAUGAAGUGAGGGAGGAUCCGGAAAUGAAGCCUAAAACACUCCAAGAACAGAUUCAAUUACGAUAUGACUUGAAUCCAUCUCAUGACCAAUGUCGCAAGGCGAAGAAGAAAGCUUUGGAUCUCAUUCAAGAUGAGCAUGAUGAACAAUUUCGUAGGAUUAAAGACUAUGAAAUAGAAAUUCAAAAGACAAAUCCCGGAUCAGUUACAGACCUUCGAACCGUUAUUGGGCCUGGUGAACUUGAAGUUUUUGAUCGCUUCUACGUUUGUUAUGCUGUUCUGCGAGACAUAUGGCUAGCCACUUGUAGACCAAUCUUUGGGAUAGACGGGUGCUUCCUCAAAACAACGGCUAAGGGCCAACUUCUAGCUGCAGUGGGAAGAGAUGCAAACAAUCAGAUUUACCCUCUUGCUUGGGCUGUGGUGCAUAAAGAGAAUACAGAGACAUGGGUAUGGUUCUUGCAAAAGCUGAAGACUGAUUUAAAACUUGGAAAUGGUGAUGGGUUUACCCUUGUUUCAGAUAGACAAAAGGGAUUACUUAUAGCUGUGGAUGAGGAGUUACCAAACGUCGAGCACAGGAUGUGUGCAAGGCAUAUCUAUGGGAAUCUAAGGAAGUUUUACCCGAACAAGCCUCAGAUGAAAAAAUUGUUUUGGAGUGUGGUGGAAAGCCACAAUGAGGCCGACUAUAAAGCAAGUAUGAAGGAGUUAGAGGAGUAUGACAAGGAUGUCUAUGAAGCGUUCAUGGCCAGGAACCCAGAAACUUGUUGUAGGGCUUUUUUUACAACGACAUGUUGUUGUGAAGAUGCUCUUAACAACAACUCUGAGUCAUACAAUAAGACGCUUGAGAAAGCACGAGCGAUGCCUUUGGUUGAGAUGCUUGAGACAAUGAGACGACUUGCAAUGAAGCGCAUUAAUCUAAGGAAGAACAAGCUCACAAAACACAAGGGAAAGUUCAGUUUGAAGGUUAGUAAAAUGAUAGAAUCUGAGACAAGACAUAGGAAGUACUGUAAAUCGCUUCCUGGACCUACUGGUGAGUUUGAAGUUUCUGAGAAUUCUAUGCAAUAUGCGGUUGAUAUGAGGGCGAGGACAUGUAGCUGUAGGAGGUGGGAUUUAACAGGGAUUCCAUGUAGACAUGCUCUUCGUGUCGUUUUGGAUCAGAAGAAGACAUAUAAGACUGACAAUUUGGUUUCUCAUUGGUAUUUGACUUCUAAGUGGCAGCAACAAUACUCAGACUCGAUCAAACCGGUUAAGGGAAUCAAGUUUUGGAAACCGUCUGGUGAAUCAACAAUACAAGCUCCACCGAGAGAAAAAUCCAAAGGGCGUAAGAAGAAGGCUCAACAAAGAAUCAAAGGAGUUAAUGAGUCUCCUACUAAGGGGAAAAAGGUAACUCAACACGCUCGUAUUAUGCAUUGUUCUCGUUGUGGGUUUCCUGAGCAUAACUGCACUAAAUGCCCUAAUGUUGGAGUUGCGUGUAAGCCUCGACCACCUAAGAAGCAAAAAACCACGAGACCACAGGAGGAGAUUGCAUUAGAUGUCUGUGAAGGUCCUACUCAAACGCAGCCAAGUCACACUUGA